CCAUGGAGUAGGUUUCUUGACGUCAAGCCUAUGAAUAUUGUAAGAAGCUUCAGGAUUGUAAGUGCAGUGGGUCUGCUAAUGCAUAGAAAGCAGGACUGUGUGCUAAGCAGGGAAGCCAUUGUAACAGCAUUGGGAGAGGAAAGAAAAUCUCUCACAGAGAAGAGGCUUUGGGCUGCCUGUGCCUGGCACAAGGGGAAUUGCUGCAAAGGGGGAAGCUUCCUGCUGCGCACGCCAGAGGUGCCUGUGGGGAAUGUGACAUCAGCACUAGGAGCCAGGACUGGGGGAGAGAUAAAAACACUCACGCAUCCUGAAAGAAGAGCCCAGCUCACCUCCUGAGCAAGCAUGUCUGCAAAAGAGAGGCAAAAAAGCAAAGUAACCAAGGACAGCGUCACCCUAUUGCCUUGCUUUUAUUUUGUGGAGUUGCCCAUAUUGGCAUCUUCAGUUGUUAGCCUCUAUUUUCUUGAACUCACUGAUGUUUUCAAGCCAGUUCACUCUGGAUUCAACUGCUAUGACAAAAGUCUGAGCAUGCCAUAUAUUGAACCUACACAAGAGGCUGUUCCUUUCCUGAUGCUGCUUAGUUUGGUUUUUGCUGGGCCUUCAAUUACGAUAAUGGUAGGAGAAGGAAUUCUCUAUUGUUGCCUGUCAAAAAGAAGAAAUGGGAUUGGAACAGAGGCCAAUAUUAAUGCAGGAGGCUGCAACUUCAACUCUUUCCUUAGAAGAGCUGUCAGAUUCGUUGGUGUUCAUGUGUUUGGCCUUUGUUCUACUGCUCUCAUUACUGACAUCAUACAGCUAUCAACAGGGUAUCAGGCACCAUAUUUCCUGACCGUAUGCAAGCCUAACUACACAUCCCUAAAUGUAUCUUGCUCAGAAAACUCAUACAUUGUGGAAGAUAUUUGCUCAGGAUCUGAUACCACAAUCAUCAACAAUGGAAGAAAAUCAUUCCCUUCUCAACAUGCCACCCUGGCAGCCUUCGCAGCUGUGUACGUUUCAAUGUACUUCAAUUCCACGUUAACGGACUCCUCUAAACUUCUAAAACCUCUACUGGUCUUUGCUUUUAUUAUCUGUGGAAUUAUAUGCGGCCUGACUCGUAUCACACAGUACAAGAAUCACCCAGUUGAUGUUUAUUGUGGAUUUCUAAUAGGAGGAGGAAUUGCUCUCUAUUUGGGCCUGUAUGCUGUUGGGAAUUUCCUACCAAGUGAAGAGAAUGUGUUUCAUCAGAACCUGCACAGAGAACCAUUAAGGUCUUUAACAGACCUUAGUCAAGAUGCCAACAGAAUUUUACCUGGUAAAAAUGGUGGCAGCAGUGAUGGAAUUUCUUCUCACCACUCUGAGAGUAUCUUGAAUAGAAAUCAUAGAGAUUCUGGAUCCCUAACUAACAUCAAGAGAGCAAAUGCUGAUGUAGAGAUCAUAACUCCACGGAGCCCCAUGGGAAAGGAAAAUAUGGUUACCUUUAGCAACACGUUGCCAAGAGUUAAUACACCAUCACUAGAAGAUCCAGCUCGACGAAAUGCAACAAUUCAUGCAUCAAUGGACUCUGCCCGUUCCAAGCAACUUCUUUCUCAAUGGAAGAACAAGAAUGAAAGUCGAAAGUUGUCUCUACAGGUAAUAGAGACUGACUCUGGACAGUCACCACCAAGAACUAUUGAAAUAAGAUCCAGCUCUGAGCCAUCUAGAGUGGGUGUUAAUGGGGAUCAUCAUGGCCCCACCAGUCAGUACCUAAAAAUUCAGCCUGGUAGUGUGCCUGGUUGUAACAAUACUGGUCUUUCAGGUGGGCCCAGAGUCUCUAUUCAGUCACGUCCAGGGUCUUCACAGCUAGUACAUAUUCCUGAAGAGACACAUGAAAAUAUAAAUACAUCUCCAAAAAGUAGUUCAGCUAGAGCAAAAUGGCUGAAAGCUGCGGAGAAGAGUGUUGCAUGUAGAAGCAAUAGUCAGCCAAGAAUCAUGCAAGUGAUAGCCAUGUCAAAGCAGCAAGGUGUGCUUCAGAGCAGUACUAAGAAUUCAGAGGGUAGCACAGUUACCUGUACUGGAGCCAUCCGGUAUAAAACCUUGACAGAUCAUGAACCAACCGGUAUUGUCAGAGUUGAGGCCCAUCCAGAAAAUAACAGACCGCUGAUUCAGAUGCCAUCAGAAGGUGAAGGGAGUGGAUCAUGGAAAUGGAAAGGUCCUGAGAAAGGCAGCCUUCGGCAAGCAUAUGAGCUCAAUGAUCUCAAUAGGGACUCUGAGAGCAGUGACUCCUUAAAAGACAGUUAUGGGUCAGGUGACAGGAAAAGAAGUAACAUAGAUAACCCUGAGCACCACCAUCAUGGAAUUACCACUAUUAGAGUCACACCAGUUGAAGGAAGUGAAAUUGGCUCUGAGACACUGUCCAUUUCCUCUAGCCGGGACUCUACACUUCGAAGAAAAGGUAACAUCAUUUUAAUCCCUGAACGAGGGUGCAGUCCAGAGAACACCAGAAACAUCUUCUAUAAAGGAACAUCCCCCACAAGAGCAUACAAAGAAUGAAAUCAGAAGUAUCGGCUGAUCCAUACCAUCAAGAAUUAAAUACAUUUUGAUAAAGCUCCUGCUCUAUUUGUUUUUGAGCUGAUGUUAGAAAUAUCCUUGAUGUGCCAAAUUACUGAUCAUCAGCCUGACUCUUUUUUAAUGUUGCUGAUGCGUGGUGUGCAUGAGUCUGUGCAUAUCAUAUAGUGGGGGGAAAAGCACAAUGCAAGAACCUAACUAAUGUGAAGAGCUUUCUUAGAACUUCAGACUCAAAAUAUUUAUCUGAGGGUGAUGAUGUCAAUCAAAAACAAGAGUCUUGAACAGACACUUUAUUUCCUGAAUGUGCCAACUUUUUUAUUUUAUUUAUAUUUACGUCCGAGGACAAAUCGAUUUUUCACAGCAAAGGCUGUAUCAGUGUUGUAUAAUCACCUUUGCAGAGUCUGCACCAAAACUUUAAUACAGGAUGGUGCUGAUUACAACUUUACAUAUUUUGAAAAAUUUAAAUACCUGUUUAAUUCUACAGACACAUGAUGUGUUGGUGUGCAGUUACUUUAAAAGUAAUGUCAAUAAUACUAUGAUGAUGCUGGCUGCAUUCAUUUAGAGUAGGAAAUAUUUACAGCUUUGUUAUAGUGGAUCUGUCACAUUAAAAGAUUGCAAAGGUUUUGUGUAGUUCUUUAAAAUGUCUACUGCAACAAAAAAUAUGUGGGUGACGCUCCAUUAGAAUGGAAUAUCUAUCCAUUUUGAAUAGUUUUGCUGCUGUUACUGCUCAACUUUUGUUUAAGUACAGGUGCUACUAAUGAAGAGGCUGCUUCUUAGUGGGCUAACUUGUAGAACUGUUUUAAAUAUUGUUUUUAAAGGGGUCUUUUAAAAGUACUUACAGUAAUUCUGAUUCUACAUUCUCACAACCUCGCAUUUUGUCUCUCUUCAGAUCUUAUGUGUUUCUGUUCAUUUUUAUUGGAUAAUGCUUGGCACUGAUAAUUGAAUGAUGAAAAAGUGUGACCCACACAAUUCGAAAUUGCCGCUGCCUGAUCAGUUGCCAGCUACUAAGUAAUUAGUGGUCUAGCUUACACUUAGAAGUAGUCGGUCACUUCACUUGCUUAGUUUGGCACAAAUGACCCAUACAUUUCACUCCAGUCACGGUCAUGUGAGUCCUUACUUAUGAUGCUUUGCUUUAAAUUUGGAAUGCCUUGGUAUUAACGGUAUUAGAGAGUGUUACAUUGUGCCACAGCUAUAGCUGAGUUCCCUGAGUCAAACUCAGUAGGAGCCUCCUUUAAGCAUGACUUCUUUUUAGUUAAAGGGGUGGAGUCCUUGUAUCUGAGAGAACGUAAAUUAACUCUUAGGAGUGUUGUUCUUAUCAAGACAUGAAAUUGCCUGUGUUAGAAGGAGUUUCUGAAUGAGCGAACUCAAAAAGGAACAAACAUUGCAUUUCCUAGAUACACAGGAAAUAAAAACACGGAAGGGAUGUGGUUUAGUUAGACCUCCAGUUUUAUUAACUUAACUCAUCUGGGAAUUAUCUGGUAAUAACUUGUCCAGGGCAGGUCAUCGGUUUUUUUUGGCAUUGUUUCUACAUGGUGGAGUGCUGUCAUCAUGCUCCCAUCCCUCAACAUUUAGUCCCAGUUUAUUCCUCUCCCUCUCCUACCUGAGGAUUAGAGGGCUGAGGAAAGAUGUUGUUUGGAUAGACAUUAGUAGUCCCAAACAACAUUCCUCAGCUCCUUCAAAGAAUGCCUUCCACAAAGUCCUGUGCCAGUUUUAGGUACCAGGAAAUGGGACCUCUAAGGAAGAAUAUGGCCUGGACAAGAAGUAUGUGCAAAAUUGCUACAGCUGGGAGCUAGUUCCCUGACCUACCACAAUGAGUCCCUAAACUGCUAUGAAGAAGGGGGGGGGGGGGGGGG